AUGCUGGAUUUGAACUACAUCAACCCGACCACUCUUCCAGAGCAGUACUGCGAGCACCUCCCAUCCCAAGUGGAGUGGAGCACAGAACAAAACGCACAUUUUAUAGGAGGAAGGCCCGUAUUCAUCAGGCCAGACAACCAUAACUUCAACUACUCCCCAGAGGAAUUCGAAAGAACACUCCCCCAUAAUCUUGGUGGGAUAGUACUCCAGCAUAUCGCAGACAGCGAUAUAAUGACCUCCUAUCCAGGAGAGAGACCAGACGCCCCUUGGAACCCCCCUGUCCAGAAUCCUAUACCCCAACCGACUCUUGCACCAAUUGUACCCGAUUACAUACCACCGAUGGCUACAGUUACCAUGGAUGAAGGUCGUCACCAUGCCAGUCAGAAGGAACUUGGUUUUAGAAAACCCAAGAUCUUCAACAGUUCAGACCGUUUGAAGCUUAGGGAAUUUAUAAACCAAUGCAAGAAUUACAUAGCUGAAAAUAGCCAUGUCUACCAGGAGGACAAUCAGAAGAUUGCAUUCGUGCUGUCACACAUGCAAGGAGGAAUGGCAGGAUCAUGGGCGCAGAGCUUUAUAGAAACAGAACUCACCGAUGACGACUUCCUUUCUUAUGGAAGUUGGAGAGAGUUUAUUACGAACGUGAGCAAGGCAUUUGGUGAUGAAAAUAUUAAAGAAACUGCUCGUACCUUGCUGCGUAACAUCAAGCAAGGAACUCAUACUGCAGACGACUAUAUUGCCGAAUUCCGAUUGCUUGAAUCAAAAGUGAAAUUAGAAGAUGCCAGAAAUAUCCAAUAUUUCAAGUGGGGACUUAACGACCCACUCCGACAAAGGAUAUAUGGGAUGGAAAGCAUGCCCAAGACACUUGACAAGUGGUACGAAUGCACCUCGCAGUUUGACAACCAAUGGAGAUCUGCUCAGAUCUUCAAGCGAGGAGCCACUACAACGACACGAGGAAAAAGCCGAUCUACCCAUCGUCCCUACUACUCGACUUCUACGAAGGAUCUGAACGCAAUGGAUGUUGAUCGUAUCAAUAUCUCAUGCUUAUCCCCGGACGAGCGAUAG